AUGGCGGUUUGUUCCGUCACGAUCCAUCGCGUCAAUGAAGAUGGAACAUAUAACGUUGACUUGGGCAAUGGAAUCCCCUUCAUGUCCAUUGAUUACGGCGUCACGAAGAGUGAGCUUUCAUUUCGUGAUGAAGAAGCCUUUGGAGAGAUCUUUCGCAAGUUCGCCAAGGCCAACGAAAUGACAAAGGAACAAUUCAACACACUCAUUGACGUUGACGACUUUGACUCGUUCUGGGAUGAAGAGACCGAACGUUUGUUUGGAGACGUGCAAGUAACCCUCACACAAUGUCAGGCCUACAAGCUGAUCCGUACCCUUGGAGUGGCCGCCAAGGACUUUCAGGUGCUGCUGGAAAAGGCUGAAUCCGGCAGUGACGGCCAGGAGCGCGAGCCAAAGUACUUCAAAUAUUACCACAACAACACACGGAUGAAGGCAGCCAAGCGAACUCCCGCGAGAAACUUUUGUGGGAGACGCUAUGGUUGCUCUGGGGUUGGAUGA